CAUCCCUGGCUGAGCUCCUGUACUCUGGGUGGGGCUUUGCCAGCAGUGGGGCAUUUCCUCCAGUGUCGGGUUUCUCCAGCGCACUGGCAUUUAAAUCUGCUGCAGUGGAAAGCCUGUGGACGCCUGUCAUCGUGAGUGAAUCUGCUCCGCUGCAGGAUUUUGCGCUCGUUUUCUUUUCUCUUUCAAAUUUCCAACCCUGUCUAUUGCGUUCGCUGAGUGGUAACAUCGCGUCUAGCGGCGCGCGCUUUUAUUCCAACAAAGCCUGAAUGAAAGGAAGGCUGCCUGUUUUGUUAUGUUUUUGGCCGUGAUAUAUACGCGGAAUAUUAUAUAAUGCAUCCUAUUUUGUAAAUAUGUUCUAGUCCUUUUUGCAUUUUGUGUCGUCAGUGGUCUAGAGAGACUAGGUAACAUUUUCCAUGGACUCUUAAAUACAUCUACGUCAGAAAAAAGUCAUUCAUUUUAAUACUGCUCGUUGGUGCAUAUUGUGAUAUAAUUGUCCAAGGAAAACAGAAAUAGUCGUGUAAGGUUGCUUAUUCUCGAAUUGCACCAUGUUCAGCUGGUUAGGAACCGAUGACAGGAGGAAGAAGGAUCCAGAAGUCUUCCAGACUGUCAGUGAAGGACUCAAGAAGCUCUACAAAACCAAACUGCUUCCUCUGGAGGAGCACUACAAAUUCCACGAGUUUCACUCUCCCGCUUUGGAGGAUGCAGAUUUUGACAAUAAGCCCAUGGUUCUCCUGGUGGGACAGUAUUCCACUGGCAAAACCAGCUUUAUAAGAUAUCUCCUGGAGCAGGACUUCCCUGGUAUGCGGAUUGGUCCAGAACCCACAACUGACUCCUUCAUAGCAGUGAUGCAUGGCAACAUGGAAGGACUAAUUCCAGGAAACGCACUGGUUGUGGAUCCCAAAAAACCCUUUCGGAAACUCAACGCCUUUGGCAAUGCCUUCCUUAACAGGUUUGUGUGUGCACAGCUACCCAAUCCUGUUCUGGAGAGCAUCAGUGUGAUUGACACUCCAGGAAUCCUGAGCGGAGAGAAACAAAGGAUCAGCAGAGGCUAUGACUUCGCUGCGGUGUUGGAGUGGUUCGCCGAACGCGUGGAUCGCAUCAUCCUGCUGUUCGACGCCCACAAGCUGGACAUCUCGGACGAGUUCUCUGAGGUCAUCAAGGCCCUCAAGAACCACGAGGACAAGAUCCGUGUGGUGCUCAACAAGGCCGACCAGAUCGAGACGCAGCAGUUGAUGCGCGUCUACGGCGCCCUCAUGUGGUCGCUGGGGAAGAUCGUCAACACACCUGAGGUGAUUCGUGUCUACAUAGGCUCCUUUUGGUCGCAUCCGUUGCUGAUUUCAGACAAUCGCAAGCUGUUUGAGGCGGAAGAGCAAGACCUGUUCAAGGAUAUCCAAUCGCUGCCCCGCAACGCCGCCCUUCGCAAGCUCAACGAUCUGAUCAAGAGAGCUCGUCUGGCAAAGGUCCAUGCAUACAUCAUUAGCUCCUUAAAGAAAGACAUGCCCUCAGUCUUUGGGAAAGACAACAAAAAGAAGGAGCUGAUUAACAGCUUGGGCGAGAUCUACAGCCGCAUUGAGAGAGAACACCAGAUUUCCCCGGGAGACUUCCCUAAUCUUAAGAAAAUGCAGGAUCAGCUUCAGGCACAUGAUCUGAACAAGUUCCAGCCUCUGAAAAUGAAGCUAUUGGACUCCGUGGAUGACAUGCUGGCUCACGACAUUGCCCAGCUUAUGGUUCUGGUACGCCAGGAGGAGACGCAGCGCCCCAAUCAGAUGGUGAAGGGCGGCGCCUUCGAGGGCACUAUGAACGGGCCGUUCGGACACGGGUAUGGCGAGGGAGCCGGCGAGGGCAUUGAUGAAGUCGAGUGGGUGGUGGCGCGUGACAAACCCAUGUAUGAUGAAAUCUUCUACACUCUCUCACCUGUCAAUGGCAAAGUGACUGGGGCCAAUGCCAAGAGGGAGAUGGUGAAGUCCAAGCUGCCAAACACUGUGCUGGGUAAGAUCUGGAAGCUGGCUGACAUUGAUAAAGAUGGAAUGCUUGAUGACGAGGAGUUUGCCUUGGCCAACCACCUGAUCAAGGUCAAACUAGAAGGUCACGAGCUUCCAAGCGAACUGCCUGCUCAUCUUGUGCCGCCCUCCAAGAGAAAAGUUACAGAGUAAGAUUGAAGCGGCUUGGAAACUGGAUGGAUUUUGGAAAAGAGAAUAGUGUACAUUUAGGUUGCAGUUGAAUUAUUGAUGGCUGGACAACCAUUAUAUAGAAAAAAAAAAAAAAACAGUGACUUCUUUGACAUGUAGUUUAUGCUUCAAUUGCAAGAAUGGAUUUGAAAAUGAUCCACCUUUUCAACUAUUUUGACCUGUGUAUGUUUUUUUUAGUUUAGUUUACUUUUUUAUAAACAAGUCGUACUGUCUGCAGUGUUUAAAAUUGUUUUAUGUGUGCUUUCAGAUUUUAGUCAUAUUUUUAUGUCAUAGUUUCAAUUUCAUCUUUUCAGCUAUCAUGACUCUAACACUGUGUCCUAACCAGACGUGUCGCGAUAAAAGAUAUUAUAUGUAAAACAGCACAUUUUGUCGAUUGCUUGGUUGCAUUUCUGCGACUUUGCGCUUGCUAGCUUUGCCCUCAGUGAAAUCUCACUGGACCUACUUCACAUAACUACAUUAAAUAUCAGUGUCUUCGGAUUGGUUGUCAUUGUGUCAUGUUGCAUAGCUGUUUCGCGUGCCGAAGAAUUACUCGUCGCUUUGCGUCUGGUAAGGAUGUGCUAAGAUGCUUUAUCUAUAUAUUUCACAUUCAUGUUUAAUUUACACUACUGUCCAAAAGUUUGGGGGCAACAAUAUGCUUUUAAAAAGUAGCUUAUGCUCACCAAAAAGUAAAAAAAAAUAGGGAUGCACCGAUAUGACAAUUUUGGCCGAUGCUGAUAACCGAUAUUUUGGCCGAUAAAUCUAAAUCCAAAUUUUUAGGCAAUUUUUGAUUUUCCUCUUUAAAAGCCAAGAUGCAAACACAAUUAUGAUGUUCUUAUUUUAAUGUUGUGUAGCCGAUAUGACAGACUUGCGCUGCACAUUUUGCACUUUAACUGGAUUUUCCUUUUUUAAAGUGAUUUCAAUCGUAUUUCAAGCAAUUUAAAAGCAUCAUGUUGAACAGUGCACAUCUAAAGUGCCUCAGCUGAAGGAAAUAAUACAUUAUUUAUCGGCUUUUAGAUGUCGGCUAAAUGUUCUUGUUGGGCCGAAAAUGAUAAUAUUAAAAAUGAUCAUAUAUCGGCCGAUACCGAUAAUGUGGCCGAUAUAUCGUGAAUCCGUUUAAAAAAAAAACAUAAUAUUGUGAAAUAUUUUUACAGUUUAAAAUAACUGUUUUCUAUUUGAGCAUAUUUUAAAAUGUAAUUUUUUCCUCUGGUGUCAACACUGAAUUUUUCAGCAUCAUUACCCCAGUCUUCAGUGUCACAUGAUCCUUGAUGCUCAAGAAACAUUUCUUAUUAUUCUUAAUGUUGAGUUGCUAAAUUGUUUGGGGAAAGCGAGAUCCAUAUUUCAGGAUUCUUUCAAAAAAUAGAAAGUUCAGAAGAACAGGAUUUAUUCGAAGUUGAAACCUUUUUUGACAUUAUUAAUGUCUUUUAAUGCAUCAUUGCUGAAUAAAAAUAUUUUCUUUACAAAAAAAAAAAAAAUCGAACUGACCCCAAACUUUUGAACGUAGUGUAUAUCAGACUAGUCUGUGUCUCAGGUGGGGUGUGAGACAUGAAUUACUGCAGAAAAACAUGAAUUGUAUUCUGAAUCUUAGUAUCAGUUGUUUUACAUGCACAACUGGUAUAAUCAAACAAGUAAAGCAAAAUUCAUUUUAUACCUAGGUGUAAUUGUAUUUUCUUCUUGUUAAGGCGGCAUCUUAAUGAAUGCGAGUCCUUUCUAGCCUGACCAAGAGACUGUUAAAACUGUAUAGCCGUCAUGUCAGAAGACUCAAUGUUUAGUGUUUUGAUGGACCCGUAGAGCUAGUAUCCUUUUCGAUAGUAUACUGUAUGUGUUAAUGCUUAACAUAUCUAAACUAAAUUGGGUUAUAUUCGUUUUUAUGUAAUUCCGGUCUGAUUUCCAAAGAAUAGUAAAAAAUAGAUCGACUCUGCGAAACAGCUGUUACACUUUAUUCAAAUGAUAUGAAAUAGAGUUUCUAUAUUCAAAUGCUCAUCGAAAGAGUAGCGGCUUUGGAUCUAAUACUGCAUGUAUCAAGUCCUUUUACUUUAUUAUAUCAGCAUUUAAUGAACUCUUUACCUCUCUAGCCACCCCUUGAAAAGCAGUUAUCUAAAGCUGUCACAUUCUCUCCUGCAGGUAUUUAGGAUCUGAAGGUAAAUUGAUAGGGUUUUAUGCACUGAACUAAACGGUCUUUAAAGUUAUAAAUCACCCAGAAAAUUACAAUUCUGUCUUUAUUUACUCAACAUAAUGUAUUUCCAAACCUGUAUGAUUUAUAUACUGUGGUUGACAACAAAAGAAGAUAAAAAAGCCCCAUAAAGUUUCUUAAAAUAGUUUGAUACAGCUUAUACACUAUAUUCCAUGUUUUCUGAAGCAUGUGUUUAUUUACUGAAAAUUACGUACAGAUUUUAAUUUGGCAUGUCAUGAUUGGUUAUGAGGCACACUGACCUGUUUGGGAUCACUGACUUUAAAGGGAUAGUCCUCCAAAAAACUAAAAUUUUGUCAUCAUUUACUCACCCUCAUGUUGUUCAUGUUCUCAUGUUACCCUCAACAUAGAAGAAGAUAUUUAGAAAAAUGUUGACUUCCAUUUUAUAUGGACAAAAUUACAAUGCAAGUCAAUGGGAACCAAAAAUGUUUGGUUAUCAAUUCUUCAAAAUAUCAUAUUUUGGGUUCAGCAGAAGAAAAACAUACAGGUUUGGAACAACAUGAGAUAAAAAAAAUAUACACAUUGUGAUGGACAUGACUAAAUAAUGACAGGAUAUUUACUGUGUGUACUGUUCCUUUAAAUCUGAUCUGCUUUGAUUUGACUGCCCAGUUGUUUAUGCGAAAUAUCUCCACUGAUUCCAACAAAACCUCUAAGCCUGUUUAGUUCGAUGAAUUAAACCUAACAUCUGCCUCGGUGCCUUGAGACACACCCGCCUCAAUCAGAUUCGUGACAUUAGAAAUGUAUAAAGCACAUUGUCGUAUUCUACAAUACCAUUACAUGCUAAUAAAUUGAACUGACGUUUCUUCAAAGACUUUCAUUAAUGCUCCAUGUGAGUCUCAACUGAAAAAAUUCCAGAAGUUUUGCACAUCAGAUUUUUUUGGCCCAUAAAGUAGUGUUGUGUAUUUGUGUGUUUGACCAAGUAUGUACAUGUAUAUGGGUGCAAUAUGGUUUGCAAAUGUAUUAUGAAGUAGUUUGUGUACGUGUGCUUGUGUGAAGCACAGAUGCUCUGUUGCUCAUUGUGUUUUAACCAGUGCGGACAAACUAUGUGAGACACUACUGUUCAGGGGAGGUGGACAUUUAUUCAACCAAAUAAAGAUCAAACUCAUUUAAAGGUC